GCUCGUGGAGUUGAGUUGACCAAUCACGUUCGUCCUGGGUGCCGCCACUCACUUUAAAUUUGUAUUUUUGUUUACAAAGUGUUGGAUUGACGUUCGUAUAAUUUUCGCCGAUACAUAUACUUUUUAUCCUCAGCAAUGGAUACAGAAAUGUUCACCGAGCAAGAUUUGCAGGCGAAGAAGUACGGCGAAUUGCUGAAAAUAGCUAGAAGCAUCGGGGCUCAGUAUACAAGUGAUACAGGAAGAAGAUUGAAGACAAGUAAACUCAUUGAAGCCAUACUUGAGCUCAGACUACUGAAUCCAUCGCUGAAAAUGCAUCUGCUGUCAUUUUAGGCCCUUAAUGAGAGUGCCAGACAGCAAGGAUCUGUUUGAGGAGGAAGAAGAGCCUGUUGCUUCUGAGGAGCUUAUAUCAGAAAUUCAGUUCCCAGAAGAUUUGGAGGAGAAGGUUACAUCUGUGGUACCUGACAGCAAACUUAAGGAAGACUGUGUUGAGCCUGAGCCUCCAAACGCUGAACAGAAGAGCACUCGUAAGCGCAAGGGAACAUUUGAUGUUAAUGAAAGUUCUGAAAAUGAUAGUUCCAAUGGAAAGAAGAAAGGUGAGCAUAGACGUACAGGGACGUACGAAGUUCAUGAAGGUGACAAGUUAGAAGAUGUUGCUCCUGCACCAAAGCGUCGUAGAACAUCCACAUUCGAGGUCAAUUCAAUCAGUGAAUCCCAAGAUGCAGAUAAAAAGAUUGCACCAAAGCACCGUAAAACAUCCACAUUUGAUGUCACCUCUACCAAUGAAUCCAAUGACGCUAUAAAAAAUGCUGAUGUUGACAAG